CAUAAGCUUCUCCUCAAAUCAACUGUGACGUCUUGUAUAUAAGAUAGUUGAAGGUCCAGUUUAUUACUGUCAAGUAACGAAGGAAGAUGUCGGACCUAUUAUCAUUUAACAACCCUGUAUUUGGACAGUUUGCUUUUUAUUCUGGCAUUGUAAUAUGUAAAACAAUGGCCAUGAGUUUGCUAACAGCAGUUAACAGGAUGAAAAAUCGAGCAUUCGCUAACCCAGAAGAUUUUAAGCUAAGUGGAAAGCCAGGGGAUGACGGAAAACCAGUAGUAAAUUCUACAGUGGAACGCAUUAGAAGAUGCCAUCUGAAUGACCUGGAAAACGUAAUUCCCUUUGUCUUGAUUGGAUUACUAUAUGUGUGCACAAAACCCGACCCGUCGACAGCAUUGAUGCAUUUCCGUGCAUUUGCCGGAUUUAGAAUUUUCCACACAUUUGCGUACUUGAUCCCAUUGCCACAACCAUCAAGAGCCUUAGGGUUUCUCCUGGGAGCUGUCGUUACAGGGUCAAUGGCAGUGGCAGUACUGAAGGCCGGCUCAUAUUAGUGCAUGUGUUGUAUGCUUCAUUGCCCUCAUUACAGCUUACCACGUGGAUUGUGAACACUAGAUCAAAGAAACAUUUCAUUACUAGUAUUUAAAUCAAACAUAUUAAGUGUUAAAAUGUUAUGUCAUAGGAUGAUGCAUGUGCUGCCUGUAAACUUUUUUUGAAUUAUAUUGUAUAUCCUUCAUUUGAUACGACUCGAUUCUCGAAACUUUCAGAGAUAUAUCAAGUCAUAAGUGUGUUCUUUGUUCAUCAAUAAACAGAUUUGUUUUUAAAUUUCAA